AUGAUUGGAACAAAUUUAUUCCUGUUCUCUGUUCUGAUCGUGUGCAGUAUAUCUGCAGAGGAAAUCUUUCAGCCAACCCUUGUGCUGGACAUGGCUAAAGUCCUACUGGAUAACUACUGCUAUCCUGAAAACCUAGUGGGAAUGCAAGAAGCCAUUGAGCAAGCCAUCAAGAGUGGGGAGAUCCUGGACAUUUCUGAUCCAAAAAUGCUGGCCAAUGUCUUGACAGCUGGAGUACAGGGUGCUCUGAAUGAUCCAAGACUAGAAAUUUCCUAUGAGCCAUCACCUCAUGCAGCUCCUAAACAAGAAGCUGAAACUUACCUCACUCGGGAGCAACUCUUGAGUCUUAUUGAACAUGUUGUCAUAUAUGACAAGCUGGAAGGAAAUGUUGGCUACCUGAGGAUUGAUUAUGUCAUAGGACAGGAAGUUGUGGAGAAAGUUGGAGCUUUUCUGGUAGAUAAGGUAUGGAAAACACUGAUAAAUACUUCUGCCUUGGUGAUAGAUCUUCGUUACAGCACUGGAGGUCAGAUUUCUGGAAUUCCCUUCAUUAUCUCAUACUUGCAUGAAGCAGACAAGAUGCUACAUAUUGAAACUGUGUACAAUCGGCCUUCCAACACCACUACUGAGGUAUGGACAUUGCCAAAAGUGUUGGGAGAGAGAUACAGCAAAGACAAGGACGUCAUUGUUUUGAUCAGUCAUCACACCACAGGAGUGGCUGAAGACGUGGCUUACAUCCUGAAGCACAUGAGCAGAGCUAUCACUGUUGGGGAGAAGACAGCUGGGGGCUCGCUGGACAUCCAGAAGCUACGUAUUGGCCCUUCUAAUUUCUACAUGAUGGUUCCUGUGUCACGAUCUAUCAGCCCCUUGAGUGGGGGUGGACAGAGCUGGGAGGUGAGUGGAGUGAUGCCAUGUGUGGCUUCUGAGGCAGAGAAAGCCUUGCAGAAAUCCUUGGACAUCCUGGCAGUGCGCAGAGCUGUGCCUGGCACUCUAAGUCGCCUCGCAGAUAUUUUAAAGGACUAUUACAGCUUAGUGGAGCGAGUGCCAGUGCUGCUGCGGCACCUUGCUACCUCUGACUUCUCUACUGUGCAGUCAGCAGAGGACCUUGCCACCAAGCUCAACACUGAGAUGCAGACCUUAUCUGAGGACCCUCGUCUGUUGGUCCGAGCCAUGAUGCCUGGUGAAACUACUGCCCUUCCUGAUGAGAUGCCAGUUGCAAUGGCAGCCAAUUUGCCUGAUAAUGAGCAAUUGCUGCAUGCCUUGGUGGAUACUGUUUUCAAAGUGUCAGUGUUGCCAGGCAAUGUGGGCUACAUGCGCUUUGAUGAGUUUGCUGAUGCCUCUGUUCUUGAUAAAUUGGGACCUUACAUUGUAAAAAAAGUCUGGGAGCCUCUCCAAAAUACAGAGAGCAUGAUCAUAGACCUACGUUACAACCCUGGUGGCCCUUCCUCCUCUGCUGUGCCUGUGUUGAUCUCUUACUUCCAAGAUCCUACUGCUAGCCCUGUCCAUCUCUUCACAACCUAUGACAGGCGCACCAACCAUACACAAGAGCAUAAAAGCCAGGCAGAACUGCUGGCCCAAACCUAUGGAGCUCAGCGUGGCAUCUACGUGCUCACCAGCCGCCACACCGCUACAGCUGCUGAGGAGUUUGCUUACCUCAUGCAAUCACUAGGCCGUGCCACGCUGAUCGGUGAGAUCACAGCAGGUAGCCUCUCACAUACCCGUACCUUCCUUCUGCUGCAGCCUGAACAAGGAAUAACUUGUGGCCUAACCAUCACAGUCCCAGUUAUCACCUUCAUUGACAACCAUGGGGAAAGCUGGAUGGGUGGUGGUGUUGUGCCUGAUGCAAUAGUGUUGGCUGAGGAUGCACUGGAGAAGGCAGAAGAGGUGCUAGCUUUUCACAGAAAAAUGGGGAUGAUUUUGGAGAGUACUGGGCAACUUCUCGAGGCUCACUAUGCCAUCCCAGAAGUGGCUGAAAAGGCAAGUGUUAUGCUCAGCACCAAACGAAUUCAAGGAGGUUAUCGAUCAGCUGUAGACUUUGAGACAUUGGCUUCCCAGCUUACUAGUGACUUGCAGGAGGCAUCAGGGGAUCAUCGGCUUCAUGUUUUCCACAGCCAUGUGGAACCAACGCUAGAAGAACAGCUUCCCAACAUGAUUCCCAGCCCUGAGGAACUCAGCUAUAUCAUUGAUGCACUCUUCAAAAUUGAGGUAUUGCCAGGCAACCUGGGAUACCUUCGCUUUGAUAUGAUGGCUGAGGCAGAAACUGUAAAAGCAAUUGGGCCUCAGCUGGUGCAGAUGGUCUGGAACAAGCUGGUUGACACAGAUGCCAUGAUUAUUGACAUGAGAUACAAUACAGGUGGCUACUCCACUGCUAUACCAAUACUUUGUUCCUAUUUUUUUGAGCCUGAACCUCGUCAACACCUCUACACUGUCUUUGAUCGUAGUACCUCCCGCAGCACAGAGGUGUGGACUCUCCCCAAGGUUACUGGCAAGAGAUAUGGCUCCCUCAAGGACAUCUACAUCCUAACAAGCCAUAUGAGUGGCUCAGCAGCUGAAGCUUUCACUCGCUCUAUGAAGGACCUACACCGUGCCACAGUUAUUGGUGAGCCCACAGUAGGUGGUUCCCUCUCAGUGGGUAUUUACCGAGUUGGCAACAGCUCCUUAUAUGCCUCCAUCCCUAGCCAAGUGGUGCUCAGUCCAGUCACUGGCAAAGUGUGGAGUGUGUCUGGAGCAGAGCCACAUAUCACCAUCCAAGCCAGUGAAGCCUUGGCUGUAGCUCAGCACAUUGCCAACCUGCGUGCACAGGUGCCACAGAUAGUGAAAACCAUAGGUAAGCUUGUGGCAGAAAAUUAUGCUUUUGUAGACGUUGGGACUGAUAUAGCAUCCAACCUCACCAGAAGUAUCAACAAAGAAAAUUACAAAAGGAUUAAUUCUGAAAAGGAGCUGGCCAGGAAGUUAACUGCAAUCUUGCAAGCUCUUUCUGAUGAUGAACACCUGAAAAUGCUCUACAUUCCUGAACAUGCCAAAGACAGCAUUCCAGGGAUUGUGCCAAAAGAGAUCCCUUCCCCAGAAGUUUUUGAAGAUCUGAUUAAAUUUUCAUUCCACACAAACGUAUUGGAAAACAAUAUCGGCUAUCUGAGAUUUGAUAUGUUUGGAGACUGUGAACUUCUAACCCAGGUGUCUGAUCUACUGGUAGAGCAUGUUUGGAAGAAAAUUGUUCACACAGAUGCAUUAAUCAUAGACAUGAGGUACAAUAUUGGAGGUUACACCAAUUCCAUACCAAUCUUAUGUUCAUAUUUCUUCGAUGAAGGGCAUCAUGUUCUGCUGGACAAAGUUUAUGACAGACCCAGUGACUCAAUAAAGGAAAUAUGGACCCAGUCACAGCUCAGAGGGGAGAGGUAUGGCUCCCAGAAAGGACUGAUUAUCCUCACCAGUGCUGUGACAGCUGGCGCUGCUGAGGAGUUUGUCUUCAUAAUGAAGAGGCUGGGCAGAGCACUCAUUAUUGGGGAACAGACCAGUGGUGGGUCCCAUUCCCCACAGACAUACCAAGUAGAUGAUACCAACUUCUACAUCGUCAUCCCCACUGCACGAUCAGUCAUCUCUGCAGAAAGCACUUCUUGGGAAGGGAAAGGGGUGACCCCUCACAUGGAAACACCAGCGGUAACAGCCCUCAUCAAAGCAAAAGAGGUGCUCAGUGCUCACCUGCACAGCUCAAGAUAG